ACAAAAUAAUUAUCCGAGGUGAUCUCUUUUUCUUGUAUCCAGAACUAGAAGACAUAAGCCAUCAUCUUACAGUUAGCCGUGACCAAUUUAUGAUUGGUUUUUUGUUCUUGUUUCGCUAUAUAUAUACAUAUAUAUCAUGGUUUCAGUAUCAGCAAGAGAUUCUCUGAAUCUAGAGUUGGAACUUUUGGUCUGGUGGUGAUGGUCAAUGUUUUUUCCUCCGAGUUGCACCCCAGAUUCUCACAAACCGGAAAUCCUUUAGGAGCUUGAAAGCAUCGCCAAGUCCGAGUUUGUAUUCUGAACUUGAGUCUUCAUUGGACGAUAUUUUGGCCUCCUCUUCUUCUUCUUCUUUAUCUUCUUCGGAAUCUGAAGCCGAAACCGAGGUGAUUGAUAUUAACAAAGAUGAUAUCUCCACUAUGGUCUGAUUUACCUAUGCAGAUACAUAGUUCUAAAUGUUCUGGCCCUGUCCUGUAGGAAAAGAACAAAAAAAUGGCUUUGUUUGAGCCUAGACAGAACCAAAUCAGAAAACAAAAACAACCCAUUUCUGCGGAAUCCAGUAGUCUCGUCCCUGAGAGUCUCAUGGCAGAAUUUGAUAACCUGCCUGGUGGUGGAAAGCAUACACCUCCCAAGGACUUUGUCUGCCCCAUAACUAGCAAUCUCUUUGAUGAUCCAGUGACCCUCGAAACAGGUCAGACAUAUGAGCGUAGAGCUAUCCAGGAAUGGCUUGAGAGAGGGAACUCUACGUGCCCAAUAACCCGCCAGAAGCUGCAAAUUAACAAGUUGCCUAAAACAAACUAUGUUCUCAAAAGGCUUAUCGCAAGCUGGCAAGAACAGAACAUCGAUUCUGUUCCAAACCAGUCUGAGAAUCCACAGCCUGAGCCUGAGCCUGAGCCGAACAUGAAAUCAAUAUUGCCCUCGUCUUCUUCUUCGGAUAGUGUCAUAAGCCAAGCUACCAUUGAUAGAACAAUGAGUGAGUUACAACUUGCUAUUACCAAUCUUUGUAUGUCUGAAGUCCUGAAGGAGUCUGAAAUGGCUGUCCUCCAAAUCGAGCGGUUCUGGCAGGAAGUGAAUAUGGAUGUGGAUAUCCAUUCUAUGCUUUCAAGGCCAGCAGUUGUUAAUGGGUUUGAGGAGAUCCUUUUCAAUUCAGUGGAUCCUAGGGUGUUGAAAGCUAAUAUUUUUCUCCUGUGUGAGAUGGGGUUCAAAGACAAAGAUGUGAUUCAGACACUUACCCGAGUUGACACUGAUGUGGAAUGUAUUGUUGCUCUCUUCAAGAAGGGAUUGAUGGAGGCUGUUGUGCUGAUAUAUCUGUUAAGGCCUUCAACAGCUAGUCUAGUAGAGAUGGACAUGGUUGACUCCCUCCUAAAAGUUAUUAAGAAGCAAGAGGGGGAUUUGAUUCAAAUGUGUUUGAAGCCGAAAACAGCUGCUCUGCUUUUAUUGGGACAGAUGCUUGGAAGCGGGGAGGAAAGUAUUGGAUCAUCAAUAGCCAAAACUCUGAUUUCUGAGAAAAUGAUAGAAAGUAUUGUUUGCAGUCUGGGAGCUGAGUGGGCAGAAGAGAGAAUUGCUGCGGUUGGGAUCUUAUUGAGAUGCAUGGAGGAGGAUGGGAAGUGCAGGAACACAAUUGCUGAUAAAGCUGAUUUAGCUCCGAUUUUGGACAGCUUCAUGGGUGCAGGUGAUGCAGAACGGUUUGAGAUAGUUCGAUUUCUCUCCGAGUUAGUGAAGUUAAACAGGAGGACUUUGAACGAGCAAGUUCUCCACAUCAUAAAGGAAGAAGGUGCUUUCAAUACAAUGCACACCCUCCUCGUUUAUUUAGAGACUGCUCUCCAAGACCAGUGCCCUAUUGUGGCUGGUCUCCUUCUCCAACUUGAUCUACUGGUGGAACCAGGAAAGAUGAGUAUAUAUCGGGAAGAAGCAAUGGACACUCUCAUUUCAUGCCUCAGAAAUUCAGAAUUUCCAACUGCCCAACUAGCAGCAGCUGAGACAAUUAUGUCAUUACAGGGGAGGUUCACUUCCUCUGGAAAACCCCUUACCCGUGCUUUACUUCUUAAACGUGCUGGUCUUGACAAAAGUUAUCAAACUCUCAUGCGAAUGGAGCAGCUCAGAAAUAGUCCUGAAGAAUCUGAAGAAACUACGCCACAGGAAGAGGAGAAGGCAGCUGAUAAUUGGGAAAGAAAAAUGGCAUUUGUUUUGGCAAGCCAUGAGUUUGGGCUACUGUUUGAGGCUUUGGCGGAAUGUAUAAAGAGCAGAUAUGCCUCGUUAUGUUCAGCAUGCUUUGUAUCAGCAACAUGGCUAAUACAAAUGCUAAAUGUUUUUCCGGACACGGGCAUACAAGGAGCAGCCCGUGUCUGUUUGCUCAAGCGCUUUGUAUCAAUAUUCAAAUCUGCAAAGGACGUUGAAGACAAAGCCCUUUCAUUGCUUGCUCUAAGCGUAUUCAUCCAUGACCCUGAGGGGCUGUGCGACCUAAGGUCCUCCAUGAAGGAAAUUAUGAAAGGUCUGAGAGAACUUAAAAAAUUGUCUCCCUUGGCAUCUCAAAUGUUGAAAGUUUUCUCCAAAGGAAGUGGCUCUUGUUCUGACUUCUGGAGUCAUAAAGAAUUAGUUCAAGUAGACUGCAGCGAGAAUGGAGAAGUUCUGUCAAUAGCAUACUUCAAAGACAAGAUAUUUUCUGGCCAUUCAGAUGGAACUAUAAAGGUCUGGACUGGUAGAGGUAGCAUUCUUCAUCCUAUCCAAGAGGUUCGUGAGCACACCAAAGCAGUUACGGCUUUAGCAAUUUUGCAUCCUGGAGAGAGACUAUACAGUGGUUCACUAGAUAGAACAACAAGGGUUUGGUCUGUUGACGAUGAAGUAAUGCAUUGUGUGCAAGUACAUGAUAUGAAGGAUCAGGUUCAUAAACUAGUUGUUGCCAAUAGCAUUUCAUGCUACAUUCCACAGGGAGCUGGUGUCAAGAUUCACUCAUGGAAUGGAGGAUCCAAGUCUUUAAAUACAAGUAAAUCUGUCAAGUGCUUGGCGCUUGUAUGCGGAAAACUAUAUUGUGGAUGCCAUGACAAUAGCAUCCAGGAAAUUGAUUUGGCAACAGAAACACUCAGUACCAUUCAGAGUGGUUCUAGAAAACUAAUAGGAAAAGCAAAUUCUGUCCACGCACUUCAAGUUCACAAUGGACUGAUAUAUUCGGCUAGCCCUCCCUUAGAUGGAGCAGCUGUCAAGAUAUGGAAUGCUUCAAAUCACAGAAUGGUCGGAUCGUUGCCAACGGUGCUAGAUGUGCGGUCUAUGGCGAUAAGCUCGGAGUUAAUCUAUCUAGGAUGCAAGGGAGGAAUCGUAGAAAUUUGGGGUAGGGAGAAGAACAACAGAGUGGAAACGCUACAGAGUAGCAAAAAUGGCAAGGUGAAUUGCAUGACUCUUGAUGGCAAUGAAGAAUUUUUGGUAAUUGGAACAGCAGAUGGCCAGAUUCAGGCAUGGGGACUCAGCUAGAAAUAUGAGGAGCUAUGAACAUUGGAGAACAGUUUUGGCUAAAAUAAUGACUGAAAGCUAAAAACAACUUGUAUUCUUUGCACCUUCUAAUAGUACAUAAUAUCAAAAGCUUUUGUAAUUUCAAUAUUUGUUGCCUUUGAGAUUUAUUCCUGAAAAUGUAUAUAGCUCGAACUAAAUAGUGGAAUAUUUUUCAGAUGCAGUCCAUUCAAUUGUAAGAUCUGUCUGUAGUACUGUACAGAAACCAACCUUUAUGCAUUUACAUGACAUUUUGGACAAUUAA